CCGGGCACGGGAAGCUAGGUUGCGGGGGGCAGAAGGACGAGCUGGACUCUUGAAUUCAGAAGGAUUAUUGGCGCCUGAGGAGCCCAAAAGCACCAAUGAAGAGAUUGAGUCCAACCACCCAGCCCAGUCAAGUCAUGCAGGUACUCAAAGAUGGAGACAACCUUAUCCCCUUUGCCAAGUGUUCCAGGGUGGUCAGCCGAUCUCCACUGGCCAGCUUGCCUUCCCAGAGCCUCGGACUGAUGCCCCAGCAUUACGGAGACAUCUUCUGGGACAACCUUAGUCAAAGGCCCAGCCCCACCUGGAUGGAAGAACAGUACAUCCCACCCCUGCUGAAAGCUACUGGUUGUUCCCAGCCUGGCAUGUACCCCCUUGAGGGUCUCCCACCUCGUGAGAUGCUUUGCAGAAGAAAGAGGAGGCAGCCAUAUUUGACAGGAAUGCAGCAAGGACCUGGGGGCAUCCCAGCCCGAGUAAGGGCUGUCACUUAUCACCUAGAGGAUCUAAAGAGGCGGCAGAGAAUCAUCAAUGAACUAAAGAAGGCCCAGUGGGGCAGCUCUAGGGCUGCAUCUGAGCCCCUGCUGUCUGGUGAAGUUGGCUGUAGAUUCCCCAGCACCACUGAACACCCUGAUCUGGAAAAGAAGAGGGCAACCUAUCCACGGAAAGAGGACCACUUUCUCCCUCCUGGAGGGGCCCAGCUGCUUUGGCCCCCCUGGAAUCCCCUGGUCCAGGAAGGAUCUUGUCUCUCCAGGCAGUUGAGCUCUCUACCCCGCUACAGCACUGUCACAGCCAGUAGGAACCCCCUUUACAGUCCCUGGGGGAUGGAGUUCCAGUCUGAGGAGUAAGGAGAAACCGUCCGUGGUCAUCCAACACACUUGCGCUGCCUCAAGGACCCAAGCCUCCGUCUCGCCGCUGGACCUCACCCCCUAAGGAAGGCGUCCGGGCACUUCCCCUUCCUUAGCCUCCCCCAGCUUCCUCUCCCAUCUUCUGCACCAGGCACUCACAGCCCCCCCUGGGCCACCCACCUCAACCCACCCCUUUCACAGGAGCUCUCCAAGGCCAAUUGUCAUCCAGGCCUG